UGUCUACCCUGUCUUGUUGUACCCAAGUGACUGCUGUUGUGCCCAACGAGAGAGAGGCAGGCCUCUUGUUGUGCGCCCCCUUCUUUCUGCCGUCUUUCCAGAGAGAAAUAUGGGGAAGUCAGGGCGGACGCUGUUGGUGGCGCUCCUUGCGCUGCUGGUGUCGCCGGAUGUGCUGGGCUUCAGCUUGAGCCCGGCGGGAGCGCGCAGAUCAAGGCAGCAGCACCAACGGGCACCUAGGGGGAAGAGGUUGUCAGCGGCGAGGACCUUGAACAUGGCGGCAGACCCGCGCUUCGACAGCCUCGUCGAUCGCGUGGAAACCGCGGCGAAGGCCCCAGUAGAAUCCGUCCCCGUUUUCAAGAGCCAGGAGGCGGACGCGCCCGCCACGAUCGCGGAGGUUAAGGAGCAAGUGGCCCCCGCAGCAACGAAGGUCGUCGCGGAGCAGCGACCCCCCUCAGUGCUGGCGGCGGGUAGCGGCCAGGCCUACGACAGCGCCGUGUCCGUCGGGUCGGUGGGGCUGCAGGUGGUGGAGGGCCUCGCGGUGCUGGCCGCCGUCCCUGCCAUCCUCACCGCUCUGAACAAGCAGAAGGCGACCCAAGAGCGCAAGGAGAAGAACCAGGCAAGGGCCGACGAGCUCGCCAAGGGCCGUCAGGCCAGGGCAGAUGCCAAGGCGGCCGCUCUCGCCCAGGCCGCCAUUGACCGCAAGGAAAAGCAGGAGGGCAUCGCCCAACGCAUCGAGGCGGCGCGCAUCGAAGAAGAGCGGCAGGAAUCGGUCAGGCAGAUGGUCAUGGAAGCCCAGGUGAAGAAGCAGGCUGAGGAGGCAGCCGCUGCUAAGGUUGCCGCCGAGGAAGCGGCUGCCGAGAAGGCGGCGUCGGAUGCUAGGAGGGAGGCUAGCAGGAAGGAGCGCGAGAUCAGGAUGGCGGCAAAGGCCGCUGAGGAAGCCAAGGCUGCCGAGGAAGCCAAGGCUGCCGAGGAAGCUAAGGCUGCCGAGGAAGCUAAGGCUGCUGAGGAAGCCAAGGCUGCCGAGGAAGCCAAGGCUGCCGAGGAAGCCAAGGCUGUCGAGGAAGCCAAGGCUGUCGAGGAAGCCAAGGCUGCCGAGGAAGCUAAGGCUGCCGAGGAAGCUAAGGCUGCUGAGGAAGCCAAGGCUGCCGAGGAAGCCAAGGCUGCCGAGGAAGCCAAGGCUGUCGAGGAAGCCAAGGCUGUCGAGGAAGCCAAGGCUGCCGAGGAAGCUAAGGCUGCCGAGGAAGCUAAGGCUGCUGAGGAAGCCAAGGCUGCCGAGGAAGCCAAGGCUGCCGAGGAAGCCAAGGCUGUCGAGGAAGCCAAGGCUGUCGAGGAAGCCAAGGCUGCCGAGAAAGCCAAGGCUGCCGAGGAAGCCAAGGCUGCCGAGGAAGCAAAGGCUGCUGCGGAUGCAAAGGCUGCUGCGGAUGCAAAGGCUGCUGAAGAAGCUGCAGCCAAGGCCGCCGAGGAAGCGAAGGCCGCUGCGGAAGCAAAGGCUGCUGCGGACGCAAAGGCUGCUGAAGAUGCCAAGGCUGCUGAGGAAGCCGAGGCCGCCGCGGAAGCCAAGGCUAUAUCUAUUCAGCUAGCUCAGGCUGAGAAAGCCAAGGCCGCCAAGGCUGCCGAAGCCAAGGCUGCCGAGGAAGCUAAGGAAGCUGAAGCCAAGGCUGAGGAAGCCAAGGCCGCCAAGGCUGCUGAGGAAGCCGAGGCCGCCGCGGAAGCCAAGGCUAUAUCUAUUCAGCUAGCUCAGGCUGAGAAAGCCAAGGCCGCCAAGGCUGCCGAAGCCAAGGCUGCCGAGGAAGCUAAGGAAGCUGAAGCCAAGGCUGAGGAAGCCAAGGCCGCCAAGGCUGCUGAGGAAGCCGAGGCCGCCGCGGAAGCCAAGGCUAUAUCUAUUCAGCUAGCUCAGGCUGAGAAAGCCAAGGCCGCCAAGGCUGCCGAAGCCAAGGCUGCCGAGGAAGCUAAGGAAGCUGAAGCCAAGGCUAUCUCUCGUCAGUUAGCCCAGGCUGAGGAAGCCAAGGCCGCCAAGGCUGCUGAGGAAGCCGAGGCCGCCGCGGAAGCCAAGGCUAUAUCUAUUCAGCUAGCUCAGGCUGAGGAAGCCAAGGCCGCCAAGGCUGCCGAAGCCAAGGCUGAGGAAGAAGCCAAGGAAGCUGAAGCCAAGGCUAUCUCUCGUCAGUUAGCCCAGGCUGAGGAAGCCAAGGCCGCCAAGGCUGCCGAAGCCAAGGCUGAGGAAGAAGCCAAGGAAGCUGAAGCCAAGGCUAUCUCUCGUCAGUUAGCCCAGGCUGAGGAAGCCAAGGCCGCUAAGGCUGCCGAAGCCAAGGCUGAGGAAGAAGCUAAGGAAGCUGAAGCCAAGGCUGAGGAAGCCAAGGCCGCCGCGGAAGCCAAGGCUGCUGCGGACGCCAAGGCUGCCGAAGAAGCUAAGGCUGCCGUGGAGCUAAAGGCGAAGCAGGAGGCCCAGGAGAAGGAGGCCAAGAUCGCUGCCGAGACCAUGGCCGCCAAGGUUGAGAACGAACAGGAAGCGCCGGGGGCUGCUGGCUUGACGGCGAGGAAGCUGCGCGCGCAGCAGAACGCCCGCACCGCAGCCGAAGCCGAGGCCAAGUCGGCGGCCUCCGCACCCAAGCACCCCCAGGGCGCCUGGAGUAACGCGGCGGCGGCGGCGGCGGCGGCGGGGGACGGCGCUAAGGCGGAGGACGGCGGGAGCGCGGGCGGGGCGGCGGUGGAGGUGGCGCCUUUGCCGGAGGAUGACGGGCAGAAGGUCAGGCGCGAGAAGGCCCUUCGUCUCGCCAAAGCAGGUCUGUUCGUAGCACCGGCACUGGCCCAGGCGAAGCGUAACAACGUUGCGAAGCAGAGGAUAUUGGGGUUGCUCAACAAGAUGGACAGCAAGACCCUCGCGGCGUUCGGCAGCGAGGUCGGGGUUGAGAACGGGCCGGCAGACUUCACCGCGCUCCGGACGACCAUCAUCAAGAAGCUCGAGGAGAGGGAGGGGACAUGGGCCGAGAUCGCGCCCGACGUGGCCACCAUCGCGAGCAAGUUCGCCAAGCCAGCGUAGAGCUGGCCAGGGCGAAGAAGACGACAAGGGGGGGAGGGGGCGUGCUCAUAACCGUGCAUGCCGUAGUCGCUAGACCUUGCAUCCCUACAAAACCGGGACGGAGCGUGCUGGGUUUCUCACCAGACCAGUCUCUCAUAUCACCAAGCGCGAAGCUCGAUGAGAUUUGCCGACAAGGGAGAAGUCAAAAAGGCUUCCUUGGCUGGCGUAAGCAUUUUUAUUUGUUUGACGGGUGGUGGGCAGUGUGGCGUGGAACAACAGCAGUGCAGCAAAGGGGAGUCUGCUCUAGCCAGGCCGAUCGCAAGCAGGUCUCUUGCGAGUUCUUCGUAGAGCCAACCGGCUGCCGAUGAUGAGAAAUCGGCUGCCGAUGAUGAGAAAUCGGCUGCCGAUGAUGAGAAAUCGGCUGCCGAUGAUGAGAAAUCGGCUGCCGAUGAUGAGAAUGUGUUGGUCGUAAAGCUUCUCCCCUCCCCCGGAAAAUAGGGUUAGGGUCUUCCUAAAUGCGUGACAGGUGGCGGUUAUCACGUCUGCUUCUAGAAGGGCGAAACAAUUAUUGUCGUGAAAUUUUGAUGUUCCCGAGUUAGUUAAACGACGAGUAGGAGGGAGGGGAGCGCCACGACAUUGGGAAAGCAUCGGGUGAGGGGCGGACUAUUUCUGUUUUUUUUUGUGUGUAAGUUUGACAUGCUUUUGAGUCCACGGGCUCUGCUGGGAAGCAAUCAGUGCUUCAUCCCUUCUUUGCUCGUCGUUGUACUGGAAGCUUUCCCUGCCCCCCCCACCCGAGGUUUAGCAGCGGUUACCGCGCGUAAGUAGAGAGGCCGGCUGCUGAGGAAGGGACUAUUCAUUUCGUUUGUGUUGGAGGUGCCGGUCCAUCGAUGAGGGGUGUGCUUCUGUUUCAUGUCCCUCGCGGGGGACACGCGUAGGGACGAGCCUCUUUUCGGCCGCCGUGGUGCCAAGGUUGAGCAAUCAGGGAGAUGAUGGAAAUCACGCGCACGAAAAGGGAAUGGUGGUGAAAGAACAACCCCAUCGUCCCUGCGGACACGUUUUUUUUGUCGGUGCUCGCCAACCGAGUCAUGUCGAGUGUUGGUAGAAUUAUCCCGCCCGCUGCUUGCGGGAUCGCAACGGCUUCGCCUUGUCUGUUGCGCGGGCGUCAUGAUCUUGUCUUCUUCCAUCUCGUGUGUUGCAAGGUGCAGUCAUGGUGUUGAUGGCAUUCUGCCUCUUCCCGAUCCACGAGCGUUUUCCCUUUUGGGUGUUGCGAUAAGAGUCUAGAUUGUGGGGUUACGAAACGAACGUUGGAGUUUGUGGGUGAUGAUGGCGAGGAAAAACCGUUUUGUGUAGUGGUGACGAGGCAUGCAUGCGGUAUAGGUUCCACCAACCGGUCAAUAUAUUUAUGUUUUUAGAGAUUACACGCUGCUGGAUGUUGUUCGUGGUCGAGGGCGGGGAUAAUAAGAAAUAUGUUUUGCU